AGAUGACGGCGUCCGACGUCCGUGCGCCGUAGAAGAGCUGCCGGAUAAAAAGGAGGGGAAUCGGCGCUGGAAAAGGCCAUUCACGACUAACCACGUGCUCUACGGAAGGUUAGCUCCUUCUGCUGUUUACGGAGUCGACCGGCGUUCGCCUGCAAUUAUUCUUCACGGAAGAGAUUCGAGGAUGGCCGAGCGUUUGAUCUGCGGAGGCUCCGGCUACGUGCCCGACGACGGACUCACGGGGGCUCAGCUCUUUUCCAACGGAGACGGCCUGACUUACAAUGAUUUUAUAUUGCUGCCAGGAUUUAUCGAUUUCACAUCUGAUGAAGUUGACCUAACUUCAGCCCUUACAAAGCAAAUCACAUUGCAAGCUCCAUUAGUUUCUUCACCGAUGGACACAGUGACAGAAUCAGACAUGGCUAUCGCUAUGGCUCUCUGUGGUGGUAUUGGUAUUAUACAUCACAAUUGUACUCCUGAAUACCAAGCUAAUGAAGUAACUAAAGUUAAAAAAUAUAAACAUGGGUUUAUAAGAGAUCCUGUAGUCCUUUCUUCUUCACAUAAGGUUGCAGAUGUUUUCCAUGUUAAAAAAGAGCAUGGUUUUUGUGGAAUUCCUAUUACUGAAAAUGGGAAACUCGGUGGAAAAUUGUGUGGAAUUGUCACGUCCAGGGAUAUAGAUUUCUUGGAAGAUACUAAUAGUAAAGAAUUGUCUCUGCGAUCUGUAAUGACACCAUUAGAUAAAAUUGUAUCUGCCCAGGCAGGUGUGACUUUAGAGGAAGCUAAUUGUAUUCUUGAAAAAUCUAAAAAAGGAAAAUUGCCUAUAAUUAAUGAAGACGGUGAACUUUUGGCUUUAAUUGCUAGAACAGAUCUGAAAAAGUCAAGAGAUUAUCCGAAUGCAUCGAAAGAUGAAAACAAGCAGCUUUUAGUAGGAGCUGCUAUUGGAACUAGGCCAGAAGAUAAAGAAAGACUGAAAGUGCUUGCUGCAGCAGGUGUAGAUGUUAUUGUUCUAGAUUCUUCGCAAGGAAAUUCUAUUUAUCAAAUAGAAAUGAUUAAAUAUAUAAAGGAGAGAUAUCCAAAACUACAAGUAAUUGGAGGGAAUGUUGUCACUGCAGCCCAAGCAAAAAAUCUGAUAGAUGUGGGUAUUGAUGGGCUUAGAGUUGGAAUGGGUAGUGGCUCCAUAUGCAUCACACAGGAGGUAAUGGCUGUGGGAAGACCUCAGGGUACCGCUGUCUAUAAAGUAGCUGAAUACGCUCGAAGAUUCGGAGUACCAGUCAUUGCAGAUGGCGGGAUUCAAUCUAUUGGCCAUAUUAUUAAAGCGUUGUCUUUAGGAGCAUCCACAGUGAUGAUGGGCUCACUGCUUGCGGGAACUUCAGAAGCUCCAGGCGAAUAUUUUUUCUCUGAUGGAGUAAGACUUAAAAAGUACCGAGGCAUGGGGAGUCUAGAAGCAAUGGAUAGAAAAGACGCAAAAGGAAGUGCCAUGGAUAGAUACUAUCACAGUGAAAUGGACAAAGUUAAAGUAGCACAAGGUGUAAGUGGUUCUAUAGUAGAUCGUGGAUCUGUAUUAAGAUUCCUUCCUUACAUCCAAUGUGGUAUACGUCAUGGUUGUCAGGACAUUGGCUCCAGAAGCCUUUCUGCAUUAAGGGCUAUGAUGUACUCUGGAGAACUUAAGUUUGAAAAAAGGACCCAUUCAGCUCAGACAGAAGGAAAUGUACAUGGAUUGUUUUCAUAUGAAAAAAGGCUUUUUUAGACUCAGUUCUCUUCAAAUAAGCCAUAAAUAAAGUAUUGAAUUGAAAAGAUUCUUGCCAUUUGGCAAAAUUGAGCAGGCAUAUCCUACUUUUUUAAUACUAAAUUCUGGUUGAUAAUGUAGUUGGAAUUAAGUUUCUCUCUCGCAUAGAGAAUGAGACCAACCUUGCACCUCGUUGCCCAUUAACGAAUUUUCUUAUCUCCUCUGUGAUAAUGUAAAGUAAAGGAAUAUUAAUGAAU